GCGGGGGCGCCGCGGCGGGAGCGGAGGCCGGAGCAGAGCGGGCCGGCGGGCGCGGGGCUCGGCGGCUGGGGUCGGCCGGGCCCGCGGGGUCCGCCCGGGCCUGAGCGUCCGCCGAGCGGCGGGAGGAGCGAGGGGCGCAGACAAAGAGCGGCGCCUGGGCGGGCGCUGCGCGGCCGCCGCCCGGGACCCGCGCCGCUUCCCCGGCCUCGGCGGGCGGCGCGCGAGGUUUAGGGCUGAACCUGGCAAGUUUGCGUCUGCACAACGGGAUGAGCAGGCCGCAGCGCUGGGCCCGCGCAGGCCCACCCCUUCCUUUGACCCCAAAGCAACUGCACCCUGCGAGGCCGCCCGGUGUGGCUUGCGGGACCCACAGAUUUCCUAUGUUCCUUUUCUACAAGUGAUUUCCCGGAUCACCAUUCUCCGCUGAGGUUUGAGUUGGAUUUGAGGAUUUGGAGAAUUCCUGCAGCUUGCUGACUUCGGGGGCGCUGUCAGUUGAAGAAUUCACUCGUUGAGGAGCUCCGUGUCGUGCGUCCUCUCUCCUAACUGAGUGCCGAAGAAGGACUCCAUGAAAGAUGACAGAGGAGGUCAUCGUCAUAGCCAAGUGGGACUACACAGCCCAGCAAGGCCAGGAGCUGGACAUCAAGAAGAACGAGCGCCUGUGGCUGCUGGACGACUCCAGGACCUGGUGGCGGGUGCGGAACGCGGCCAACAGGACGGGCUACGUGCCGUCCAACUACGUGGAGAGGAAGAACAGCCUGAAGAAGGGCUCCCUCGUGAAGAACCUCAAGGACACGCUCGGCCUCGGCAGGACCCGCAGGAAGACAAGCGCACGCGAUGCAUCGCCCACACCCAGCAUGGACGCGGAGUUCCCCGCCAACGGGGGCGGCGCCGACCGCAUCUACGACCUCAGCAUCCCGGCCGUGGUCAAGUUCGCGUACGCGGCCGAGCGCGAGGACGAGCUGUCGCUGGUGAAGGGCUCGCGCGUCACCGUCAUGGAGAAGUGCAGCGACGGCUGGUGGCGGGGCAGCUACAACGGGCAGGUGGGCUGGUUCCCGUCCAACUACGUGCUGGAGGAGCUGGACGAGGCGGCCGCCGACGCGCCCGGGGGCCCGAGCCUGCGGCCCAGCGCCGCGCUCAGCAACGGCCAGGGCGCGCGGGUCCUGCACGUGGUGCAGACGCUGUAUCCCUUCAGCUCGGUCACCGAGGAGGAGCUCAACUUCGACAAGGGCGAGACCAUGGAGGUGAUCGAGAAGCCCGAGAACGACCCCGAGUGGUGGCGCUGCCGCAACGUGCGCGGCCAGGUCGGCCUGGUGCCCAAGAACUACGUGGUGGUGCUGAGCGAGGGCCCGGCCCCGCACGCCGGCUCUGGCCCCGCGGGGCCUGCGCGCGCCGGCCGGUUCGCGGGCCGCGAGUGGUACUACGGCAACGUGACGCGCCACCAGGCCGAGUGUGCGCUCAACGCGCGGGGCGUGCAGGGCGACUUCCUCGUCCGCGACAGCGAGUCCUCGCCCAGUGACUUCUCCGUGUCUCUCAAAGCAUCAGGGAAGAACAAGCAUUUCAAGGUGCAGCUGGUGGACGACGUCUACUGCAUCGGGCAGCGGCGCUUCCACACCAUGGAUGAGCUGGUGGCACACUACCACAAGGCCCCCAUCUUCACCAGCGAGCGCGGGGAGAAGCUCUACCUCGUCCGGGCGCUGCAGUGAGCCCAGGGGACGCGCCCCGGAAAGGCGCCCCGGCCCGGCCUCUCCUGCACGCCCGCUCCUGGCGGCCGUCCCGUCCUUGCUCUCUCCAGCUGGUUUCCCUUUCUGUCCGGGUCGGGUCGUUUGCCAUCCGCCCUCCUUUGCCGUCCCAGGCCCUCCUGGACGGUUUUAGUGACGGGGAGGUGGAAGGGGGCGAGUCGGCUCACUUUAUUCCUUCUCCGUGGGAGCCAGCCUUAGUCUGUUCAAAUCGCUCGUGCCAGCAAACCCCCCCCUUUAAAGACGUCGGGCGCGGUUUGGAUGCACCAGAGCUGCCCUUACUUCCAUGAGCCACAGCGCACGUGACAGCGGGGCCGGGCCCUGGGUGGCACCUGCCCAGGGACCACCUGUCCUGGUCCCGGCAUCCCUGGAUCUGUGUCAUUUGCGUUCACACAGCUCCCAGACUCUCCGGGGGUGACCCCGGGCACGCGUAGCAAUACUGGAACCACCGGGUGAGACGGGAGGGGAGAAGCUGUCCAGUGCCUUUGGGGCUGCACUUGCAAUAAAGAAAAGAAGUCCUGGAAAGUCAGUCCGGAGACUCGGAAAGACAGAGGUUUCGGAAAUGUUCCCCCAAGAUGUGCCAUCUGCAUAGUGCUUUUUCCUGUUGCCCUUCGGCUCGUUUCAAUUUCACAAUGAUAUAUUUAAUUCUCAAAGUAAUAUGUAUCUAUAGCCAUUUGUUGACACUAAUACAGAUGAUUAAGGAAAACAGCUGAUCUUUGGGAAAGGGGAGCGACCAACACUUCACACACACACACACACACACACACACACACACACACACACACACUAUAUAUAUAUAUAGAUAUAGAUAUAGAUCUAUAUCUAUAUAUAUAUAUAUAAAAAAUUUGCUUUACAGGGAAAUUUUUCAGGGUUUACAAAAGGAUAUGUGAUUGGUAGUAGGAGACACAGAAUGUUUAUGAAGAAAUUGCAUUUUCUUUUUUCUUUACAUUUGAACUCCUUUAUAGUUUAAAUAUACACUCUUGAGAUGGCACAUUCCUACAGCUGAGGAAGGGGUCUUGAGACCUCCUAAACUUGCAUACUCAGUUUUUUGGAUAUUGUAAUAAAAAAGUAUUAUGGCACGACUCUGUGUGUGUUCAUCUGUGGCAAAGCUCGGACUCAGCGAUGGGGCAGGAGCCCCUGCAGCCUUUCCUGAAAUGCUCAGUGCCCGAAGGAGAGCAUUUCUAGAGAGGUGUUCUAACAAAUUUAUUACUUGUGUGUUUUC